AUGAGACAAACGUUAGUUAAACAAUAUGCUGAAUUAUUAUUAAAAUGUGUUUGUAAAGGAAAUUAUAUUCCAAUAACAAUUUCAGAUGAUAAAAAUACUAAAAUUAAUCGUCGAACAUCUCAAUCAUUAUUUAUUUCUCGAGAUGUUGAUGAAGAAAUUCUUUUAUUAUUAUUAUUGGGUCAAACAUCAACAUUAAAUGAAGCUGUACUUGAUUGGCAACCUGAACAUGAAGGUCAAAGAGAACGUAGUCAUCAAGCUGUUUAUAAUAUUCUUGCUCUUUUAUCAAUAUUUCUUUCUCGUAAACAAGCAUUUCAUAUUAUUGCUGAUUCUUGCGAACAAGCACUUCGUUUUUCAUUUGAACAUUUUCAAACAUGGUUUAAUUAUGGAUUAUCAUUAAUAUCAUCAGGUCAAUCAUUUCGUGUUUAUCUUAUAUUAAAAGAAUGUUUAAGAAUAAGAAUGCAACCAAAAAAUCUUCAAGUUUAUUUACAACUUGCUAAAAUAAUUCUUGAAUAUAUAUAUGAUUUUCCAUCAUUAUUUGAAACAUUUCCAUCAACUGUUGAAGAUAAACAAACAUUAUUAAAACAAACAUUAUAUCAACAACAAUAUUAUUUAAAUCAACAUAAACAACGACCGAGAUUUAUUGAUCUUGUAAUUUUCAUUUUUUUUUAUUUAUAA